AUGUCACCUGUCGGCCCUCGAGUUUCAAAGGAAGAGUUCAUGCUCGCACUGGGUUUGAACCCACAGGCCGCACAACAUGAACAGUAUUACCGAGCCAUGCGAGACGAAGCAAUCAUGGUCUAUAACCGUCUGAACCAGGACAACACUCACCUCCUCGACAACGUCCGUGCCGAUCCCAACACUCGACCUCCUUUCUUCUGGCACCACAUCCGACCAGAUCACCAACGCUGGGCAAUCAUGGAGAUCUGGCGAAACGCAGGCCCGCUCACGCGUCCACUGUUUGAUCGCGGUGGGACCAGCGGCGAGUAUGGGCCGAAUUGGGUUGCUGGGUGGUUGCUGUACAGCGUGUUUCGGUCAAGGGAUGUGAGAAAUAAUCGAAAUAGACGGAAGGGGGAGGCAAAUGGGACUUCUCAGGAAGCUGAUAAGAGGCCGAAACCGGUCGAAGAAACUGCCUCGCCGAAGAAAGGGUACUAUGAUCCUGUGCGAAACGGGACGCUCUAG